CGUCAAUGUGAAAACGAAUCUAUCGACACCGUUCUACUACAAUCUUAUCUUACUGUGAGAAACCGUAUCACAUCGAAACAAAUUAUCUUUCAUAUCGGCUGUGCAGCUUCAUUAUUUUCAACCAGCCUUUCUGAAGUGACAACAAGAACAACACAUCACCUAGCAGUCAUAGCACCACAUCUGAGCACAUCAGAGUGUUCUACUUUUUUGUCCCCAUAAAGACCAUAGGAGUCUACAGUAAUACAGUAACCAAAAUGAAUAUCAACAACGACUUUGGUACAUCGUCGGCUUUCGACGCACAGGUCCAAGAAUUGUCGGAACCUCCUCCGGAAUCUUUCAGUUUGGCGGCCACACUGCAAUUACUCGAUCCAUUCGAGACAGUGGCUGCAACAAAAGCAAACGAUGAUGACGAAAGUGAAGAGAUGAAUGGCAACUUAAACAUGGUAUACUUGAUGACUCCUUCUUACCUGCAAAAUUGGUUGUUUUGGGCCUUUCACCAGAACGUCAAAAAAGGAGAAUCGAAUCGAUUGGUCGAAGCCCUUAAAUUAGCUGCCAAACGGUACKGGCUAACUCCACCACAGGAUGCAACUCCCGAGGAUUUAGAAGAUUAUGCCGACCCCGGCCCAAUCGAUGCGACAUUUUUGUCGCUGAACGAAGGAAACGGCAACGAUUUGCUCCUUAGUCCGAACGUCACACUGAAAGAUGGUGGCCUAGACUUGCAAUCGAGACAGCAACAAUUACAAAAUACUCUCGAUACGGAGUUUCCGGAAUUGAUGAGGCGGGCAGAGAGUUUGCAAGUUGUUUCUGCAUCCAAGAAUAACACAGACCAAAAACUUUCGAAUGGCACGGUUGUGCUGAUCCAUCCAAAUGACAGCAUAGACGUCGACGGCGACAAGAUUUUAUGUUGUGCGGUUCCCUCUCGGUUUUAUGAAGUAAGUAGUUGUUGUUUUUUCCUUUGUUCACCUCUCAUUUCUUUCAAAAUACAACAAAUUGAUUUUUGUUGCUCUAACUUGAUGCUUUCUGAUAACACAACAAUCAUAACAACAAUGCGCACCAUACGAUGCAAAAUGUAGACGUUGCGAAUGUCCCUUGGUGUAAUGUGUGACGACGGUUUUGCAGUUUCUUAUCAGCCCUACCCGAAAGAAACGGAGUCGCUGAUACACCAUCAUAUACAUUCAAUAGAAAACGACGACAAUACCAGUACAUUAAGUAAAAAUGAAGGUGUCGCACCAACAAGUGACCCCGAUCAGUUGGAUGACAACAACAAUGACAAUGGCAACAACGAAACAUUCAAUUAUCUUAGUGCCGUUAGCAAUGGAUUGAAUGGAGUCGCGAAAGGUUGGGAAAAUAGAGUGCAUAAUCAGCGCCAGCAGCAACGCCGGCCGAUUGAGUUUCCGAGACGAAUUAUUAUGAAGGCAGUGUCUCCCCAGCAUGACAAGUAUGGAAGUGAUCUCAUGAACGACACCCUCUCUCCAAUGUCUAAAUUGCUGAAAGAGCAAGAGCGCUUGGCCCCUCCACAAAUGGCCCCAUCCGUCGAAUUAUAUCCUAUCAAACUUAAUUAUCAAAUUGUUGAUGGUAGCACAGAUACCAAUAGCAGCAGCUGUGGCCAGCGCACCGGCUUUGUCUUGGUAUCCCGGCGGACAAGAGUGUAUGAAGCAAUGCAAGAUUUGUUGAAGGUGACUGCACCCGACACAUCAUCUUCGUGCAAGCGAGUUUGGAGUUUUCAAGGGCACGGCGAAUCAAGGAAGGGCUCUCCCGCCACAAAAUAUGGGGAUGGAUACGAAGUGGUCGAUUUGGCUUCUCUGGACGGAAAAUUGAAUUCUACUAAGAUUAUUGAUAGGAACUCCAACGCUCUGAAAAAAAUACCAAGCCUAUUGAUAGGAGAAUGGAUCAGAACCCACCAACAAUACCGACAAAAUAAGAAGCAUGAUACGCAUUGCAAUAACGAGGAUGAGUUGAUAGAGCUGAAUCUGUUGGUGGAAAUAAAACGGCCAAAUACAUCGUGGCCACGACAAAAGUUAGAACUAGAAAAUCGUGUGCAAGUAGGAGAUUUUGUUGAUGCUCAGGAUAUUGCUGGAAAGUGGUAUGAAGCAAUAGUUCAAGAAGUAUCGAGGACUACAGUAAGAGUCCAUUAUCUUGGAUGGGCUUCUAAAUGGAAUGGUACAUUGCGGAAAUGCAGGCACACAUGUAAUAGUAUUGUGGAUGAUCAUGAUGAUGGCAAGGAUUUAGCGAAAGAAGUUAACCCUAGGUUGCAGCCUAUUGCUCCGCUUUGGACUCACUGUAGGCCAUGGCGAGAAGGCCUAACAGCGGGUGCAGUAUUGGAAGUCCGGGAUUCCAUGUCAAAAGCAGACCGACCGAGAUGGUACAAGGGGAUUGUGAAGAGGGUUGGAAGUCGCAACGGGCCCUACAAAAAAAUCGAAGGUGGCGCUCAACUCGAGCUACUCGAAGAUAUCCUCAGAAACUCGACGACAACAACGAGUAGUACUGAGGUAGGGAAAAGUAGCGCAAACAAACGUAGUGACGUGUUGCUUUUGAUGAAUCGCAAGCAACAAAUUCUAGUUGAAGUUGAACAAGAACAACUAAAUACGAAUGCCGAAGACUUGCCAUUUGGGGACGUUCAGAUCAACGAUUCAGAUAGUUUAAUUUCGGAAGAUCCCUUAAAACCUCGUCCCCCGUUAUUACGAUGGGUCAAUCUUUUCGGGGAAGAAAUCUGUGAAGCUGGAACACACAUGAAAAUCGAAGCUGAUGGUGAUCUUGCGGUAGUGACCCUGCGAUACGAGUACGAAGCUGGUAGAAAGCCAGUAGAGGUUAUGAAAUCGUGGAAUGGAAUGUAUGGCCAGGGUAUGGUGAAAGAGUCGCUGCGUGGGACACCUCCCGCUCCGGGUGCCGUUGGAAUGCACAAUCUCGGAAAUUCUUGCUACUUGAAUUCCAUCGUCCAGUGUCUUAACCAUAUUCUUCCAUUGACGGAGUACUUUUUGAAUGGAAAUUUCACCAAUGACAUGAACCGAGAAAACCCUUUGGGCAGUGGUGGCCACGUAGCGACGGCGUACGCUACCCUUUUGAAAGAAGUCUGGAGCGGUAAUUAUUCUGCUCUGGCACCCCGAUUGCUGAAGCAGACAGUAGCUAGUUUCGCUCCACAAUUUCGAAAUUCAUUCCAGCACGACAGCCAGGAGUUCUGUCAGUUUCUUAUGGAUGGUCUUCACKAAGAUUGCAAUCGAGUCAAAAAGAAACCCUACGUCGAAGAACUCGAAGGUUUUGGUAUGGAAGACGAAAAGGCUGCAAUCGAAACAUGGCGGAAACACUUGCUCCGACAUGAUAGCAUAGUCGUGGACAGGUGUCAAGGAAUGCACCGAAGUCACUUGACUUGUCCCUCGUGUGGGCGGGAAAGCAUCAAAUUUGAUGUUUUUUCCACAGUCUCUCUUCCAGUUGUCCUCGAAGACAAGGAGGGCAGUAUUAAUACAUGUAUGAGAGUCGAACACUGCAUAGAAAAAUUUCUUGAGGGAGAACAACUCGAUGAAAUGAAUGCGUGGUAUUGCCAGGGCUGCAAAAAACACGUAUGUGCCCUGAAGAUGAUUGCGUUGUGGUCUGUCCCCGACAUUCUCAUUUUACAUCUAAAACGAUUUCAAUUCGAAAAUUGUUCCGUGAGCAACAAUAUAUUGCGGUCGAAGAUUGAUGAUACGGUAAAAUUCCCUGUUGACAAUCUCGACCUAAGCAAAUAUGUUCUGGGUCCGAUCGACGAUGAUGCACCACCCGUCUACAACUUAUUUGGCGUGAGUGAACAUGUGGGUCACACCGCCAACAGCGGUCAUUAUACCGCGACGGCAAGAAACUGCAAGGAUGGUCGAUGGUAUCGGUACAAUGAUGCGCACGUAGGAGAGACGACGGGAGAUGCUGCGGUAACAGGGGGCGCCUACCUCUUGUUUUAUCAGCGAGCCAAGGGCACUGCGCGGUGGGGUGGUAUGGAAAAGACCAUGCGUGACAAAAACGUUGAUCCAUACGGAGGACUGGAGACGGAUCAAGACGGCUUUACACUGGUCUCAAAGAAAUAAAAAAAGGAAGGACAAAAUGCUUCGCUUAUCAAUCAUCAACUUCAAGUAACAAUUACUCCUAUUUCACGAUAGAACCAUAUAAAGUGACGACGAACUAUAGACGGUUUAUUAGAUUAAAAUUGCUACUAUUCACAAUAUAGUCAAAUCUACAAUUGCAACUCUGGUCAUACACUACACCAUUCUCCUUGAUAAUGUGCCGAUUUGUACAAUCAGACACAGCUGACGGUGUCAGCAAAGACCAAAUACUGGAAUAAAAUGAAAGGACAUUAAUAUUCCCAUGAUCUCUGUUCCAGAGAGGAGAGGAGCCCAAAAUCCCCAGAGCGGCCAGAGGGCUCGAACAAAAAUCAAAUAAGUUACCGUGCAUGCCAAUAAUAGGCCUGGAAAUACCUUUGGACAAUAUACUCCCCAUACGGACGGAUCGGAAAGACCCUUGAUCUUCGGUAGAUACAGCGUGAGAUAUGAGAAAAGCGCCAGCACCAAUAUGAAGCCACCUCCGGCAACCCUCAGCAGAGUCCGGUUUAGCCGC